CGAUCGAUCCCCGGCCGCCGCCAUCGAUCACCGACCCGCUAUAAGAAUCUCUACGAACCAAAACCUCUUCUCUCGGAGAGCGAGCGCAACCAUGGAGCGUUCGGCCAUGGAAGGCAUCUCGGAGCGCCUGGCUGCCGUCGACGGCCUCUACUUCCCCGGCGCCAUGCACCGCGAAGCCCCCGACCACGCCCAGCGCAAGUCCGCCCUCCUCGAUCUCCUCUCCCGCGACGCUCCCAUCUUCCUCGAGCGGUACGGCUCCGAGCUUACCUCCGACGAGCUCCGCGAGUUCGAGAAGUUGAAUCAGGACUACGAGGUGGGAUGGCACCUCAACCGGCUCCGCCGCGGCCGGAAUCCCACGGCGGAGGACGACCGGACCAGGUCGGUGACGGUCAAGAAUCGCCGGAGGGCCUAUAUGGAGCGGUUGGUUCAAGACGGGGAGUACUUCUCGGAGGAUGCGAUGAGGGAACGGGAACCCUAUCUCCACCACGAAUACCUGGGCAAGUUCCAGGACCCCGCCGGGAGGAGCCUUUCUAGGCCCGGAGAGCGGUGGUCAGAGACAUUGAUGCGCCGAUGCGAGGAGGCCAUGCUGGUGGAGAAGAUCAGAGGGGAGCAACAGCGCUUGGGGGUUGAUAAGAGGGAGUGGAUUGGUGGUGGUGGAGAGGAGGAGGAGGAGGAGGAGGAGGAGGAGGAGGAGGAGGAAGAAGAGGAAGAGGAAGAGGAGGAGGAGGAAGAAGAUGGUGAUGAUGAUAUGGCUUUAGAGGAACCCAAAGUUGGGGACUCACCAGAGAUGCUUAACCCAGACGCCCAUGACACUUGUGCGAGCGCUGCUGCAGCAGUGCCCUUGGAGCAAACACCGUCCGCGGAAGAGAUGCAAGAUCUACUGGAACAGUUCACUCAUGUAAUGCAGCAGAAGUUUCUGGCGGGAGAGGAUACUGCUUAUAUCGAUUAUUCUCUGAUAGACAAAGACGAGAGAUUGGACGAUCACUGGCUCCGGGAAGCUAAUUACGAUGCCGAGGAGAAAUAUUUUGAGGAAGACUAGUGGUUGGUGAUCGGCCAUCCAGUAUCCAUCCAUGAACAGUUAAAACACAACAGAUACGCCACUCAUCUCUUUGUCAACUUUUAGAUUGGAGAUCUCUUCUGUAUUCGUCUUUAGGCUCUCUCUCUCUCUGUUGUAUAUACAAAAGCACCAACCAUAGUUGUUAUUUUUUGUAUAUAUAUGGUGGUGGGAAGCGAUCCUAUGGAGCUGAAGCAAAGAGGCUGUGGCGAGAUCUGAUUUGUAUUGUGCAUAACUCGUGGAGUAAGAAGACUGCUGCAGGCCGCAUGACCAGCCCAAACCCAACCCCAACAUUACAACUCAGGGCAAGGAGAUAAGCCAACGUGGCACUCGUAACCCUUCUCCCUUAUCUUCUCCCUCGAUGCUCUCGGAAGCCAAGACCACCACUUGGACUUCCCUUAUCCUUUGCCUCCCUGCAACGGUCACUCUCUCCCUGCUUCGUCCUUGUGUCCAAACACUCGGCCCAAACCAGCAGAGACUAGUGGUAAGUCUGGUGCAGACCG